AUGUCUAGAUUCGGAGUCAAAUCUAUCUCUCUCCCGCGGUUGUUAAACAGGCGCAUUCUGUUAUUCCUCUGCGCGGUAGUGUUUUUGUACGUGCUGCGCCUGUUUUAUCUGUCCGAUGGUUCGGAACUGCAGCUACAGCUGGGGAAAGGUGAAGAAAAUGUAAAAGAAGAGGAAAAUAGACCAUCGAUACCCUGGGGACCAGAAACCAUCUCCUUCGACCCCCCACGACCCGCAUACCUCGACACGCCUCUCGUGGAGCCAAUGGUCAUACGUCUUGCUAUCAUCUCGCAUGUCUUUGAAUUCGAGCGCCGGCAGGUCCUGCGUGACACCGUGCUACGUGGAGUACCAGAGAGCGACGUUCAUAUCGAAUACAAAUUCAUCAUCGGGAACCCGAAGGAGGGGUUGGGAAAUUGGACGACGUGGUUGCAGCGAACGAAGGAGGAUUGGGUGUAUGGUGAUGUGCAUACGGUGCCGGUGACGGAUAUUCCGGAGAGGCUGUCAGAAAAGCGCUUUGGUGCGUUGAAGUGGGCCGACAGUGUCCCACAUACAGAAUACGACUACUCGAUGACCAUGGACUCGGACACCUUCUGUCGUUUCCAAGCCCUCGCGCGGCGGAUCACUCACACCCAGCCAAAGCUGGCACCGCGCACCCAACCCAUCCUCAUCGGGCGCAUGGGCGACCAUGUCACAUACUUCAAAAACACUGUCCCAGAUGGAAACAUAAACGAGAAGGACGAGGACGACUAUGUCAGGGGCCCAUGGUAUCCAUACCCUCUAGGUAUUGGGUACAUGCUGAGCUCGAAUAUCACGCACACGCUCAUGAACAUCUCCCCUCCCCUCCCGCACCACGUUAUCUACCCCUCUGACGACGUCAUGAUUGGUUCCUGGAUAGCGGGACUACGCAACUUCCACGACCCCACGAUUAAAUUUGAGACGACGGAGCGCUCGUCGAACCCACCACCACUGACGCCCGUGAAGCCGACGCCAUAUUUGCCUUACCGGAUAGAUACGGAGGUGGUGAACGACGUAAACGGAUGGCAUGAUAUCAAAAGCGCACGGGAAAGUGGUACUGAGGGACGAAUUGGCUGGGAGACGGUGUGUGUGCAUCGAAUGAAGGCUCCCGAGAUGAGGGCUCUGAGGGCGAGGGAAGAGCUGAAGGGCGAAUGGGAGGAUGUGAUUGUCAAAAAACAACAGGUGUACUGA